GGCAUAAUUGCUAGACAGGUUAGUGAUACACAAUUGACAAGAAGAGUUUACUGCGCUCGCACAGUGUCUUUUGUGACGUGCUUAUUUUCCAGAAAAAAAAAAUCAUGCCAUUGUGGUUUUUUAUCCCACUUACUGUGCUAUCUACAGUUACAAUAAUAAAUGAAGCUGUGUAUUGUUAUAGCAUGCAUGUGUUUAUGGAAAUGUCUCUUUGCGGCACCACUGAAUAAUAACGGCACAAUUCGACAUUACUAUAUUGCAGCACAGGAGGAAGUUUGGGAUUAUGCACCCAUGCAUUGGGACAAUGUGCGAGAUCAACCUUUGACCAAGGCACCGUCUUCUUUAUAUACUGUCCACCGAAAGAACCGGCGUAUUGGAUCUGUCUAUCAUAAAGCGUUUUAUCGUCAAUACCGUGAUGAUUCGUUCAAAGUUCCCAUUGCGCAUGAUAGUGUAUUAGGCAAUUUGGGGCCUAUUAUUCGGGCAGAAGAGGGCGAUCAGAUCCAUAUCACCUUUUAUAAUCGAGCCAGUUACCCUCACUCAUUACAUCCUCAUACCACAAAUAGCACAGGUCCGUUACCAGGACAAUACGUACAACCAGGAGAAAAAUAUCGGUAUGUCUGGGACAUACCGUCAGAUUACCCUUUCCCUCAGAACCAAUCCUCAGUGGUCUGGACAUAUGUCUCCAAAUCCUCGCCUGUGGGUGAUGUCAAUGCUGGCUUAUUAGGUUUGGUCAUCAUCUAUGAAAAGGGAACUUUGGAAUUACCAUCUCCGGGUUCCAUGUUUCAAAAGCCCAAGCAUAUUGAUCGGGAAGUGUUCACCAUCAUGACCAACACGGAUGAAUCGAAAUCGACUUAUUUUACAGAAUCCGGACAUCGUGUAGGACUUAGUGUGGAUCGCAUGAAGGAGUUGGAACGAACCGAUCCCUUAUUUAAAGAAUCGAAUCGAAUGUACCAUAUUAAUGGCUACGUGUACAAUAAUAAUAAGAAUAUCGAACUCGUGUAUGGAUCCCAUGUACGAUGGUACAUUAUAUCCUUUGGUGUCUCUGAUGAGGAUGUGCAUACUGCUCAUUGGCACGGUGCUACCAUGCUAUUUCACGGACACCGUGUUGACGUGGUGGACUUGACUCCUAUUAGUUUUGAAGUCGUCGAUAUGAUUCCUGAUAACGAAGGUCAAUGGUUAUUUCAUUGUCACGUUGCUUCUCAUUUCGAAUCGGGUAUGAGUGCUUUUUAUCAAGUCGAAAAAGUAGUGUAUACCGGCGAUGAAGGGUGGGAAUAGAAAAACACAAAAAAAAAAAAAAAAAAAAAAUGAAUGAAAUAAAUUUUUUUUUGACGUGCGUGU